UGCAGGUUCUGCCAGUGACUGACCCACAAAGCUCCAAUUUACACUCAUUUCCAUGAGAGCCUAAAGAACUGGAGUCCUUGUGUCAUUAACAACAGCCUUGGGGAUUCUGACAGCGGUGACAUUUUAGAGAGAGAAAUGCCAGGGCACACACGGAAGAGACCGAUAUUUGAUAUUGAGCUCUGUUGGCAAGUGCUAGUCACCGUGUGUGUGUGUGUGUGUGUGUGUGUGUGUGUGUGUGUUCCUUCUAUCCGGUGCAUUACUUGAGACUGGUGUAUAUCGCCUUAUCAUCAGAUCGACCUGGUUUUGCCUGUUCAUAACUGCCUGGCCAGUACGAAGUCUAUGCUAGGGUUAUUCAAAUACUUGAACCGGGGAGCAAUUAAGCCCGCCACUGAAACCCUAGUCUGGUGGGAGAUAUAGGGUUACUGCCUUCAGUAACACAGUGAAGUCAGAAGCACACACAGAGAUCGUCUCUGCAGAGGCUCCGGGUGUGAGUGUAGUAAACACAGGCGCUGAGGAAGGAUGCAAGGACGACCUCCAAACCUUGCCGUGGUGUGCGGGGGGAGCUCUGGCCUCGGAGCAGGGCAUCGCUGAGAUUCCAGAAGACCCCGAAGAGAUCUUCAGCUCCUGCGGUUGCCGGGAGAGCUGGGGGAUGAUCCACGCGCACUAGCAUGCCCGGAUGGUUCAAGAAAGUGUGGUAUGGACUGGCGUCUUUCCUCAGCUUCUCCUCCUUCCUCCUGAUCGUCGUGGCUCUGGCCGUCCCCCACUGGUUGAGUGGGAAGAUCCUCUGUCAGACCGGAGUGGACCUGGUCAACGCCACCGACCCAGAGCUCGUCAAGUUCCUUGGUGACAUUUACUACGGGCUGUUCCGGGGGUGCAAGGUUCGGCAGUGCGGGCUCGGAGGCCGCCAGUCCCAGUUCACAAUCUUCCCGCAGCUGGUGAAGGAGCUGAACGCGGGCCUCCACGGGACCAUCGUGCUGCUCCUCCUGCUGGCCUUGGCUCUUUCUCUGGUGAGCAUGGGCUUCGCCAUUCUCAACGUGAUCCAGGUCCCCUAUCGGGCGGUCAACGGCCCGGGAGGCAUCUGCCUGUGGAAUGUUCUGGCAGGUGGAGUUGUGGCCUUAGCCAUCGCCAGCUUCAUGGCCGCGGUGAAGUUUCACCACCUCACGGAGCGAAUCGCCAACUUCCAGGAGAAGCUCUUCCAGUUCGUCGUGGUGGAAGAACGGUACGAAGAGUCCUUUUGGAUCUGUGUGGCCAGCGCUUCGGCCCACGCAGCUAACUUGGUGGUAGUGGCCAUCAGUCAAAUCCCGCUCCCCGAGAUCAAGACCAAAAUAGAAGAGGCCACGGCCACAGCAGAGGAUAUCCUGUACUGA